CCAUUCGCUCGCUGGUCUGUCAGAGGAAAAGAGAGUCAACAGAAGUCUGGCACUGUUAAACAGUAAAAAUUGCAAAAGCCUCACCUGUUCUCACUUAUGUAUUCAUCGGUCGUUUAGACAGGGUCUUGCAAUGUCAACACUGUUGGAAGUUUCUUUAACGUUACAUCAAAUUCUUUGAUGACGUGUUUCUAAAAUCCCAUCAUCUUUGCUUAGAAGGUUGUGGUAUCGGCGCAACUUUUCUAGAGGCAACAGACCGAGAUGGCUGGAGUGAAAGAAUAUAUACAAAACGUACGACAAUGGUUGAGGAUUGAGAUUUGGAGGGAGGUGGUCCGCCAAUACCCAGUCAUAUGUUUCCUUCUUAUGUUUAUGUUCCUGUCAACCAUCAUUUUGAAUAGGUAUUUGCAUAUCCUUAUGGUAUUCUGGUCAUUUCUGGCUGGGGUGAUCACAUUCUAUUGUUCUAUCAGUCCGGAAUACCUCCUGCCAAGCAUUCUCUUCCAUUUAAAACCAAAGAGCAAACAAAAUGAACAGCAGGAAUUAUUUCCAUCUGGUCAUAGCUGUGCCGUUUGUGGAAAAAGGAAGUGUAAUCGCCACAGGCCAACUCUUCUCCUGGAAAACUAUCAACCAUGGUUGGACUUGAAGGUGCACUCGAAAGUGGAUACCUCCAUAUCAGAGGUUUUGGAGUUGAUUUUGGAGAACUUUGUGUAUCCCUGGUACAGGGAUAUUACAGAUGAUGAGGCCUGUGUCGAUGAGUUAAGGAUGAUGCUUCGGUUUUUUGGUGCUGUGAUUGUGAGACGAGCGCAAAAGGUGGACUUCCCCUCACUUCUCACAGACAAAAUGCUGAAAGCAGCCAUGAAGCAUGUUGAAAUUGUGGCAAAAGCCUGGAAUAAAGUAUCCCGAAGUCCUGAGCACUUGCAGCAGGCAGCCUUGGAUGAGUAUGGCCCAGAUUUGCACAUAGCAUUACGCAGCCGCAAGGAGGAGCUGCUUUAUCUCCGCAAACUCACAGAGAUGCUGUUCCCUUACGUCAUCCCACCAAAGGCACCAGAGUGCAGAUCUCUUGCAUACCUACUUCGGGAAGUAAUGACCGGAUCAGUUGUCCUCCCAACAAUGGAUUUCAUGGCCGACCCUGAUACUCUGAAUCACAUGGUGCUCAUCUUUAUUGAUGAUACUCCCCCUGAAGAGGCAUUAGAACCUCCAUCUCCCUUGGUGCCGUUCCUCCAGAAGUAUGCUGAUCCCCGUGACAAGAAACCAUCAGUGUUGAAGCUGGAGCUGAAGCAGAUCCGUGAGCAGCAGGACCUGCUGUUCCGCUUCAUGUGCUUCCUAAAGGCAGAGGGUGCUGUGCAUGUGCUCCAGUUCUGCCUUGCCGUCGAGGAGUUCAACGAUAAAAUCCUGUGUCCUGACCUGAACAACGCAGAGAUGGAACGCUUGCAUGGAGAGGUGAAAAACAUCUACGAAACGUACUGUCUGGAUGAGAGCAUUGACAAGAUCCGCUUUGACCCUUUCAUUGUCGAGGAAAUCCGCAACAUUGCAAUGGGUCCAUGCCAAGGGGUGGUGAAACUGCAGACCAUGCCUUGUCUGUUUGAGGCGUACGAGCACGUCCUGUCCCUCCUGGAGAACGUUUUCACCCCCAUGUUCUGUCACAGUGAUGUGUACUUCAGACAUUUGCUGUGUGGGGCUGAGUCUCCUACCAGAAGCACCAGGCUGAGCAGGAAUAGCAUGAAUUUCGAUGACUUCAGGAACACCUCCAAACGUGGGGAAUCCUUUGGAAUCGGCCGCAUCGGCAGCAAAAUCAAAGGAGUCUUCAGAAGCACUACCUUAGAGGGAGCCAUGCCUCCCAACUAUGCCAUGGUCGAAGGCAUGGAUGACCAGGUGGAGGAGGCCACAGUGGUUGUGGAGGAUGACUCCCCAGCCGAGGUGGUGAGUACGCCGGGAAUCCAACGCAACCUCUCGGCCUGGGCCAUCUCCAUUCCCUUUGUUGACCUCUUUGACGAUGAUGUCAAGAGGGAGAAGAUCCCAGUUUUCUGCAUCGACGUGGAACGCAACGACCGAAAGGAAGUGGGACAUGAGAAGGAAACCUGGGUAGUCUACAGAAGAUAUCUUGAAUUCUAUAGCCUUGAGUCCAAACUCACAGAGUUCCAUGGAUCCUUUCCAGAUGCUCAGCUCCCCUCUAAAAGGAUUAUAGGACCAAAGAAUGUUGAAUUCCUCACCUCUAAGAGGGUAGAAUUUGAAGAGUAUCUUCAGAAACUCCUUCAGCAUCCAGACCUGAGCAACAGUCAGCUGCUGGCAGACUUCCUGUCACCACACAGCAUGGAGUCACAGUUUCUGGACAAAAUGCUCCCAGAUGUCAACCUUGGGAAGAUCUUCAAGUCUGUUCCAGGAAAGCUAAUUAAAGAGAAAGGCCAGAACUUGGAGCCCUUCAUCCAGUCCUUCUUCAACUCGUGCGAGUCACCCAAACCCAAACCCAGCAAGCCCGAGCUCACCAUUCUGAGCCCCACCUCAGAGAACGACAAGAAGCUAAUUACUGAUCUGUUCAAAAACAACGCAAACCUCUCAGACACUGUUGAAAAGAAGCACAACCAGAACUACUUCAUGGAAGUCAUGUCCUUGGAAGGAGUGUACGACUACAUGAUGUUUAUGGGUCGAGUGGUUUUCCGUAUGCCGGACUGGCUGCACCACGUGCUGUGUGGCGGACGCAUCCUGCUCAAAAGGACCCUGGAGGCCUACAUGGACCACUACCUGCAGUUUAAGCUGGACCAGAUCCUGCAGGAGCACCGUCUGGUGUCUCUCAUCACAAUGCUAAGAGAUGCCGUGUUCUGUGAGAAUAAUGAAGUCCGCUCCACCGAGGACAAACAGAAGAGAGCCAAACAGGCCUUUGAGGAAAUGAUGAAUUACAUCCCAGAUGUGGUGGUCAAGUGUAUCGGCGAGGAAGCCCGGUAUGAUGGCAUCUGUCUCCUGUUCGAAAUGAUGCAGCAGCCCCUUCUUAACAAGCAGAUGACCUACGCGCUGCUGGAUAUUGCCGUGCAGGAACUGUUCCCAGAACUGAGGAAAGACACAAAAGGAGAACCCCAGCACUAGUCCAAAGGUCUAAGGCCUCUUCUGGAACCCAGGCCAUUGUCCUGUCCUCUGGGGAACAGAGGAGAACCGGAGAACCGAACACGCUCAAAAGGACCACGCAAGCUUGAAAGCAUUCCAUUGUACAAACAAUAAUGUUGAAAUAUAAAUAUAUAAAUCGAUACAAAAUAAAGAGAAUAUAUUUAUUAAA